AUGCAACAGAUUUUAGGUUGCAUUCUAAGUUACCCCGGUGUAACUAGAUGGAACUCCAGUUAUGAUGAUGUAAAAAAAAAUUUGUCUUUAAAGGAAAAGAUGCCAGCACUUUGCGAUGCACUUUUGCUACCCAAUUUUACUGAAAGUGAAAUAUUAUUUUUGACAGAAUAUACUAUAAUUAUGAAACCUAUUGCAGAGACUCUUGACUUUCUGCAAGGCAAACAAAAUACAUAUAUUAUGGAUACUUUCUUCCCAGUAUUGUAUCAAUGCACACAAAACUUGAGAAAAUUAAAUUGUCUGGUACAAUCACACAGCUAUCUAAGUCCUUGGAUUACAUUUUGA